GGAGUGUAAUAGAAAUUUUCAGCAAUAGACAGAAAUUGAAAUUGCAGAGAGAGAGAGAGAGAGAGAGAAAAAAACUGAAACUGAAAAAGCAGUGAGUUUCAGUUUUAAGCCAGCUGGGUUAGAUGGAUUUGGAUUCUCAUGAAAAAAAUGCUCCAUUUUGAUUUUUUGUAUUUGUUCAGAUCACAGAGAAAAGAAGGAAGAAAAUUGAUUCAUACGAUUGAUGAUUGAUGAGUAGUAAUUUUUAUUUUAUUUGUGCUUAAAAUUGAAAUAAUUACAGAGAGAUUUGUUGAAUAAGAUCCCGUGUCUGUGUGAUUUGAGUGCAUGCUAUUGCUUCCUCAUCUGCUUCUUCUCUCAAUUCCUCAUCAGACUCCAAACCAAAUCGUAGGGGGUUACUUUUCUCUUUGUUGCCAUCGGAAACGAUCCAUCGCAAGAUCAGUACUGAGCAGGAGUUUCCAGAUGCUAGGGAGUCAGGCUAGAGUGAUCGAUCGAUAUGAUUUUCAGGACUACAUGCUCUGAUGUAACAAGGGUAUCUAUCACCUGAAUCUGGAAAGAAGUUUGUCAAAACACUACAUGAUUCAGAAUACUGAUAUGAGGCUUGAAUCAGGGAAUUGUAACGUGUGCUCAGCUCCUUGUUCAUCUUGUAUGCAUCUUAACCGUGCUCUCAUGGGGUCUAAGGCUGAAGAGUUUUCUGAUGAAAACUGUCGCUCAGGGGAGGCUAAUAAUCAGUAUUCUGUAAAUGAGGAUAAUGUAUCCUCCUCUCUUGGGAGCAGAGCUUGUGAAAGCUUGCAGCAUGCUGUCAGUGAAACCAGCAAUAUGCUGAGUGUCAAUUCAAGUCAUGAUUCUCCGUCUGAAAAUGCUGAGAGUAGACAGUUGUUGUCAAAUAAGUAUCGGGAUCCCAAGCACUUAGAAUGUCAUGAUGACAACACAUCUUGUAUAAGUAGAUCCUGUGAUACUAAUUUAGUGAAUAAUAGCCAUCAAAGGAAUGCGGACAGAAUAGAUAUAUCUUAUAGUUCAGCUUCAGUCAGUCAUUUAGAGCCAGAAGGAUCUGGAAGUGCUCCAUCUGUCGACACAUCUGGCUUGGAGAUUCCAUCUUAUAAAGAUCCAGAUACUGGCCAUAGUUCACCUAAGGUACAAAAGCAGUAUGUACAAUCUCUAAGUGGCAAAUCUCUCUCAGUUAAUCCAAGCUUAAUGCAUGUGGAAAGGGAUUCGUGUUCUCGUAUCCCAGAAAAGUUGUCAGAAUGCUCUGUUGAGAAUUUCAGUUCAACAUUAACUAAAGAGAUGACACCUAUUAUUAUUUCUGGUGAAAAAUCUAUUGCCGAUAAGGAUAGCCAUAUUGACAGUACUGUCAAGGUUUCACCAAACGUAUGUCCAAAGUCAGGGGCAGAAAAUGAUGAUGAUGUCUGUGAUGCUAAUGGUGAAGAUUAUAAAAGUUCAGUCCAUGAUGGAAAGCAUGAGGAAACUGAAGAGCUGGUUAAAUCACCUGACAAGCAGGAACCUCAAUCUGAAAAUGAGAGUGAUGAAUCAGAUGUUGUGGAACAUGAUGUAAAGGUGUGCGACAUCUGUGGAGAUGCUGGCCGUGAGGAUCUACUUGCCAUAUGUUGUCGGUGCAGUGAUGGUGCAGAGCACACGUACUGCAUGCGAGAAAUGCUAGAGAAAGUCCCUGAAGGGGAUUGGCUAUGUGAAGAAUGCAAAGAUGCAGAGGAGACUGAAAAAAAGAAGCUAGAUGUUGAAGGAAAAAAGAUCAGUAAAGUUUGUUCAACUUCACAAGUUUCCGGCAAAAGACUUUUAGAUAACAUCGAACUAGUAGCCCCUCCAGCAACCAAAAGGCAAGCUAUUGAAUUAAGCGCAGGAUCGCCAAAGACAUCAAGCCCCAAGAAAUUAGUUCCACUCUCACGUGAGCCUUCAUUUAAGAGCUCAGAUAAAUUAAAACCAAAGCUUGGUCAUCUAAUGCCUAUUCGGAACCACUCUGGUGCUGAUGACGCAGCGAUUACUCGUUCUCCUUCCAUUGUCCCCCGGGGUCAAACACCAAAGAGUAUAUUGUCGAAGUCUAAUUCAUCCAACACCUUAAGUUCCAAGCCUAGAGUCAAACUUGUUGAUGAAGUUAUUCCCCCAAAAACGAAAGGGAUUAACGAACAUACUUCUAAGAAUGGGGAGAUGCCUACACGGAUGACUAGCAAAUCAACUUUACUCAAGUCGCCAAGUUUGGGCCGAUCAAGUUCAACUGAAUCAAAAGUUAAAACACCUUUGCCCAAGUCUGCAACUGCUCAAGAAUUAAAAGGAUCUAGACAGUUAAAAGAAUCAGGUGCAUUUGAGAGGAAAUUUCUGUCUCGAACUGAUCGACCUGUGGCUAGUUCUGUUUCCACCACUAAGGGUGAAAAGCUUACACCUCGUGGUGAAACCACUAACCCUUCAGCAGUUAACAACAAUCGAGAGUUGAGGGUUAAUCAGGAUGGAAGAAAAAGUGCAUUAUCAAAGUCAAUGAGUAAUUUAAGCCGUAGAAGUUUGGAUCCUCAAGUUAGCGCAGAGAGAACAUCGCCCAGUGUUGAUGAAGCUCUACAAAAUGUGCUGCCUCGAUCACGAGAAACAGCAAAUCAGGUAGAGAAAACCAGAAAUAGUUAUAAUGAUCGUGUAAGGCCCGCUGUUCCUGCUGCUUCAAAAAGCUUAUUGUGUAAAAAAUGUAAGGAAGUCGGUCAUUCUCUGGAAUGUUGCACUGCUGGUACCACACAAGAAUCUGGUGCUGAAAAAUCUGUCACUGCCUCAAGUAGUUUAAAAGAGGAGAUGCAUAAAGGCAAUGGAUUGAAAGCUGCAAUCCAAGCUGCUUUGCGUAGAAGGCCUGAAAUUUACAAAAAGAAAGAAGUACCUAAUCAAACUGAUGAAGUUUCCACAUCAGGAAGAGAGUUAAACUGUGAAGUGACUUUGCAAGACCAAGUGUUGGUUUCUAGAUCACCAAAGAAUAGUAUAUCUGCUGAAGAAACCCGUGAGCAACUGGAAAUUCUUGAGAGUUCUGCAUCUGACUCUUCCAAAUGUUCAUCUGCCAAUGAUUUAAAGCAACUUAAAUCUUGUCCAUCUGAUCUUUGUACCGAAAUAGGAAAGUCAGAUUUUAUUGGGCUUACUGCUGGAAAGUCUUCAGUGAGAGACUUAUCUGAUAAAGAUAUGGCAACCUCAAGUGUUCUUUCAAAGACGUUGGCUUUUCCCGAAUAUCAAUACAUCUGGCAGGGUGUCUUUGAAGUGCAUAGAAAUGAAAAGCCCCCUGACUUAUGUACAGGAGUUCAGGCACAUUUAUCCUCUUGUGCUUCGCCCAAAGUUCUUGAGGUAGUGACCAAGUUUCUACCCAAAGUUUCCCUCAGCGAAGUUUCUCGGUUGAGCACAUGGCCUUCACAAUUUCAUCAUGGUGGUGUUAGUGAAGAUAAUAUUGCUCUUUACUUCUUUGCCAGAGAUGUUGAAAGUUACGAGAGACACUACAAGGGCCUAUUGGAUCACAUGGCUAGAAAUGAUUUAGCACUUAAAGGACUUUUUGAUGGUGUUGAACUGCUCAUAUUCCCGUCCAAUCAGCUUCCUGAAAAUUCACAACGGUGGAACAUGUUGUUUUUCUUAUGGGGCGUAUUUAGGGGGAGGCAGAUCAAUCAUUCAGAUUCUGCAAAAAAGAUUUGCAUUCCCAGUUUGAAUGCAAUGCCAGUUGUGACUUCUUCAACUGCUGUUUUGACCUUGUCUGAAUUGCACUGUUCACCAAAGUGCAUGGAUGAAGGAUCAAUUAAUUGUGAUAAAGCAUGCAAUGCCCUUCUCCCAUCCACUCCCACAGACCAAUGCCAGAUUACUGUAAGUAGGAAUAUUAGCAAUCCCCAGAUACAUGGUGGUUCCCGAUUAAGCUUAGAGAAACUACAUAAUGGAGUUGACACCGGGUCAACAUCAAGGGUUCCAAGAAGCAACAACCUGUUGUGUCAAGAAAUGAAACCCACUGUUUCGUCCCUGGAAGCUCGUGUACUAGAACACGGACACUGCAGAGAGGCUACACCUCCUGAAACAAUGGGGACAAGCUUAAGUAGUAGGACUGUUGAAACAAGUUCUGAUUUUGAUGUUUCUGUCAAGCAAGAGAAUGUCCUAUCUUCGACAAUUCCUUCUGUUGGCAACCAAGAAAGAGAUGCUAGUAAGGAUGAAAUUUUGGAGGAAAUGAAUUGUGAUGAAGACCAACAAAGGCCUGAAAGGAAACAGAAAGAAGAUGCUCGCUGUAUUGAUUUGGAAGAAACUAUUAUUGACAUUCAAGAAACAGUUUCAGCAAGCAUUAUUAGUGAGGAUAAAGUUUCAGAAAGAAUGAGCAGUGAUGAAGAUCAGCAAUGGUCUAAGAGUAAACGAAAAGAUGAUUACUAUAUUGACUUGGAGGCAACUGCUGAAGACCAAGAACUAGAUGCUCCAAGCAAUAUUAGUAAGGAUAAAAUUUCAGAGAAUAUAGAAGGUGAAGAAAAUAAGCAAGGGCUGAAGAGGAAAUUGAAAGAAGAUGACCAUUAUAUUGACUUGGAGGCAACUUUUCAGGGUGACCUGUCUGACACAGCUAUGCAGGCUUCAACAGGAAGUUGUCAGAAAAUGCACGGAAAUGAGGUAGGUGGCAAAUUAGAAGAAAGUUCUAGCAAGAAACUUAAAACGGUUUCUGGUGGGAUUUAUAGCGGCAGAGACUCUUUCCAGGAAAGUUUUACAUCUCUUGGAAAUGAUCUUGGUUCCGGUUCUUCAGUUGGGGGGGAUAAAGGACGUGAAGAAGCUUGUUAUGAAAAAAUCAUCCAUGAGGACUUGGGAACGAUGGAAAGAACCUUCUUUCCUGUUGAUACACAGAACAUUAGUGGCUCAAAGUUGUUGAAUAGCAUGCCAUUGAAAGGGCUUCAUGCUGACCGAUUUCGAGAUGGGAUUCCAAAUCUAGAGCUUGCAUUAGGCGGUGAAACAAAACCUCCGCCACCACCGCCACCUGCCCCUAAGGGCAUGCUGCCUUUCCUAGUUGGGGCAGUAGAGAGAAAAAAUAACCCUGCAGAUAGCUUGGCAGAUGAGCAGGAGGAUGCUGCAUCUCUUUCUCUUUCUCUGUCAUUCCCAUCUUCAAAUAAGGAACACAAAAAAGUUGAUGGUAACCAUGUGAAUACCCCGUUUCUCCUUUUUGGGAGAUUCACAGACAAAUAAAUAUGCUGCUAUAUAGUUCCUGUCAGGUAAAUUAUCUUGUUCAGGAUAGUCCAUCCUGAAUGAAAGAUAAUCUUCCUGCCUCUAUGCAAAGGAGCCCUUGUCCAAACAAGGGUCAAUAAGUUUUCUUUUUCUUUUUUCCAACUCUGUCAAAUACAUGUUUUUAUUUUAGCUUUUUGAUUUCAAAAUGCAUAGUUACGGCUGUUUGUAAAUAGAGAGAAUUCAAGCCGGUAUAAUUUCACAAAUGUUGCUAGGAACUUGCGGAUGACUAUUUUUAUGGCAUUGUUUCCUCUGUUCCUGGCUC